AUGAAUUUAAAGUUAAAAUGUUAACAAGAUGACCAUUAGGAUGAAAUAGACACGGUAUGUUACAAUUAGUUUUGUACAGAAUUCAGAUUAAAUUGUUUUAAAUGUAUGAAGAAGGCAAGAAUUCAUCAUGAUCAUUUUGAUGAUGUUGAAAAAAGCAAUACCUUGUUUGGAUUCAUUGAAAAUAAAAAUAAAGAAUGUGAUAAUUUGAUUGAUGAUCUGAAUACAUAUCUUGACAAUCUAAAUCAGUCAUUUACAUUAUUAAAAAGGGGAAUCAGAUAAAAAUAUUCAUUAUUAAAAGAAAGAUCUCUAUAAUUGAACUUAUCCUAAAUAAAUGAUUAUUUGAAUUCAUCCGUUAAAUUAAUGGAAUACAAAUAAUCAAUUACAACAAUCAUUUCUGAUUAGACUAACAAAUUAAUUCAUACAUUUAAUAACUUACAUCAAUAAUUAAAAUUAUCAUCAUUUAAUUAUUAUUAGAUUGAUGAUAAUUCUAUAAAAAUAUCCAAAGACUUAUAUGAUCAAGGUAAGUAUAUUAAUACAAUCCUUAGGUUAUCAUUUAUAUUGGAAAGAUAAAUUUGCUGAGGCAAUAAAUAUAUUGGAUACUUCAAUACAAUAAAAUCCAGAUAACCAUUUAUCUUUAUGGUGUAAAGGUAAAAAUGCUAGUGAAAUAAUAGGUGCGUGUUUAAGAUGGUUAAAUAAAUAUGAGGAUGCAAUCACUUGGCUGGACAAAGCAUUAGCUAUUGAUCCUAAGCAUGUUAGUUCCUUAUGUGAGAAAGGUAGAUUGAAUCAUAAUAAUAUUAAUAGGUGUGUGUUUAGGAUGGUUAAAUAAAUAUGAGGAUGCAAUCACUUGGGUGGACAAAGCAUUAGCUAUUGAUCCUAAGCAUGUUAAUUCCUUAAAUGAGAAAGGUAGAUUGAAUCAUAAUAAUAUUAAUAGGUGCGUGUUUAAGAUUGUUAAAUAAAUAUGAGGAUGCAAUCACUUGGGUGGACAAAGCAUUAGCUAUUGAUCCUAAGCAUGUUAAUUCCUUAUAUGAGAAAGGUAGAUUGAAUCAUAAUAAUAUUAAUAGGAGAUUGUUUAAGAUUAUUGAAAAAAUAUCAUGAAUCUUUAUAAUUACUAGAUUAAGCACUAUCCAUAAAUCCUCAACAUACAUUUUCUCUCAACUGUAAGGGUAUCUUAUCAUCUUUAAUUGUAGGAGAUUGUUUAAGAGAUUAAUAAUAAUACAAAGAAGCACUAAGUUAUUAUGAGAAAUCAUUAAAGAUUGAUCAAAAUAACCAAUAUUCUAAAAACUAAAAGGGUACUCAUAACUUAUUAAAUUAGAAUUCUGCUAAAAGAAAUUGAAUCAGUGA